GAUCCAGGCAACAACACUGAAGUUUAAAACAUUGCCGCCGAAACUAGCAUAUAAUUUCGAAACUCGUGUUUUCAAAAUCUCAGAUAAAAAGGGUUCGCGAAAACGAAACAAAAGCAUCCGUUACAGAAACAGAGAGAUGGAUUCUUCAAAGAACGCUGGUUCAUCCUUAGAUUCUUUAAUGUCUUCAUUCAACGCUCGCGUAUUACAGCUUCAAGAACUCGUCAUUGCAAGAAACAUGUACCCAGCGAGUAGCAUUGCAGAUCUUUCGGCUAUUGAUGCUGCCGUGACUGCUAUGGAGCUUCAGGUGCAAGCCAUUAAGGAUCGAUUUCGUGAAGAGACAGAAGCUAUUCCUAAAACUAAGAAACUGAUAAAUGCAUCCCUGCAGCAGCAAAAGAAACUGCAAAAUAUGUCUUUUCACAUUCCCUCCCAAAUGGCUGAUAGAAUGACACUGUCAAAUUCAGAAACUAGUAGAUCUUUGUUUCCUGAAUUUUCUGGUCAAGACUCUGCAUCAUUUGAGGCUUUGAAACAUGAUGUGGAGCCUGCUGCAUUACCUAAGGAGAAAAAAGGUCGCAGUUCCCCACCACCAAUGUGGUUUGUUACUGGAAGUGAACUGGAUUCAUUGUCAUCAUAUAUGAGGGGCAGGCUUACUCUAGAGAAGGUAAACGCAGCUAUUACUGAUAUGGCCUCAUAUGCAGAAGCAAAUGCUCAGCUUAUCGCAGCCCCCAAUAAGAAGAUAUCAGAAAAUCUUUGGAAAAAAGUUCUGGAAAUAAGAGAUAUUGCAGCAAUGGAAGGGAUUAAAGGAAAACACUUUUUUCUUGAAGCUGAUAUAAAAGGACCAUCACUUAAACUUGACAACACUGGAAAAGCAAUACUGACAGUUCUUCGACACCUUGGCCGCUUUAAUGAGAGUCGUGUUGGACAUCAUCGUGUUUUCAUUCUACAUAAGCCUCAUUAGAAAAUAUUAGUCUUUUACAACGAGUGUCAGCGUAACAAAAAAAUAUGAUCGUUAAUUUUCAAUGUAACUUUAAUUAUUAUAUUUUAUAUAAUACUUUCAAUCAUUAUU